AUGUUCUCUGGUAUUGUUCAAUGUUCUAGUUCUACACGAGUUUCCGCUUCAUACUUACCUUAUUUACAGUUUCGUGAUCGUCCUUAUAAUGUAACUGGUAGUAUGCGUUCACUCCAUUUAAAUGAUGUUCCCAUAUUAGUUCAAUCUGGAUCUAUUCAUUAUGCGAGAAUUCAUCCUGAUGAUUGGCUUUCGAUGAUUCAACUAGUAAAACUAACUGGAAUUAAUUGUAUUAGUUUAUAUAUAUUUUGGUCUUAUCAUGAAAUUGAACCUGGUGUUUAUGAUUGGACUUCCGAACGCCGUAAUAUUACUCAGUUUAUUGAAUUAGCGAAAUCAGAAGGUUUAUUAGUUUUACUUCGUAUUGGACCUUAUGUUGAUGCUGAAUGGAGUUACGGUGGUUUACCUGUUUGGCUAAGACAAUUCACUGAAAAAUACAAAGAUAUUGAAAUUCGUACUGUUAAUCAAUUAUGGCAAAUGGAAAUGCAAACUUUCACUACAGCAGUUGUAAAACAUUUAAGUCCUUUAUUUGCAUCAAAUGGUGGACCAAUAUUUAUGCUUCAGAUUGAAAAUGAAUAUGGUAAUAUUGCGCAUGCAUUUCCUCCUGGUGAUGCUACUGCUUAUAUGCAAUGGGCUUCUGAUAUGGCUCAUUCUGUUUGUUCUGUAUGUUAUUGGAUUACUUGUAGAUAUGAAGAUAUGGAUGUUAAAACUAAUAAUGCUAAUAACGAUUAUUAUUCAGGUGAUUGGUUAAGAAAUGUGCACUGGACUAAACAUAAUAAUACUCAACCUGGUAUUACAACUGAAAAUUGGAUUGGAAGUCCCGGAUGGACUCAAUUUGGAUCUGCGAAACCUCAUCGUCCUAUUCAAGAUUUCACUUAUUCUGUUGUUCAAUAUGUUGCUUAUGGAGCGGCUAUGCAUAAUACUUAUUUGAUGUAUGGAGGUACUAAUUAUGGUAGAGUCGUUGGUCGUACUCAUACGACUACUUAUUCAUUUGAUCCACCUAUUUUGGAAAUAGGAAUACCAAAUAAUAAUCAUUUUAAUCAUCUUAGACAUUUAUUAAAUACGAUUAAUUAUUAUGUACCUGCUCUAUUAAGUGUUGGAGAUAAUCUUCCUCCUCUUGUUAAUAUAACAACAAAAGGUGUUGUUAGUGUUAUUUAUGCUUCUCCUAGCAAUACUUCAGCUCAAUCAGUCAUAUUUUUAAUUAAUAACAACGAUAAAUUAGAUCAAACAGUUAAGUUAGAAGAUUCUUUCUAUACAGUAUCCGCUUGGAGUGCUCUUAUUAUCGAUGGUCAUAGUAAAGCUGUAGUAUAUAAUUCAGCAAAUUUAUCUGAUAAUACACCAUUUAAACUAGCUACAGCUCAAUUUAAGAAUUUCUCAUCUAUAGAAUACAUACCAGAACCUUCUUUAAAUUCCUUAGUUUUUAAAAAUAGUAACAAAUAUGAAUCAAAAAAGUCUUCGUUUCAUGCAAGUUUACCGGUUACUAAUACUACUGUUAUGCAAGAACAUUACUCUACUACGUUAGAUAAAUCUGAUUAUUUAACUUAUACAACUUCGGUUCAAUUAACUGAAUUUGAUAUCGAAUUACAAAAUAUAACUUUAACUUUACCUAUGCGUUGUGAAAGUUUAUUUAUAUUUUUAAAUAGAAAAUGGCAAACUAGUAUAUUUAAUCAACAAAAAGAAAUUAAUGUAAGUGUUAUAUUAAAUAUUACAGAUCUAAAUUUAAAAACAUAUGAUACAAUAGAAUUAAAAUUAGUCGGUGCUACUAUGAGAUUGGAUAGUUAUGGAAUUCAUUUUGAAACAUUGGGACGUGGAUUAGCAUUUCAGCCAAAUGAUACUGUAAUGUUUAAUGGAAAAAAUAUUAUUUCAAAUAAAUGGAAUUAUCAAAUUGGUUUAACAGGAGAAGAUAAACAAUAUUUUAAUCCUAAUAAUAAUACAAAUUUACCAUGGAAACCAAUCUCUAAUCAAUUGUCUACUAAACUAUCUAAUUUUAACUGGUAUCGUUUAAAAUUUCAAACACCCGGCAAUUUAGUGAGUAAUUCUAGUAAUUUAUAUCAAGUUAAUAUGACCGGUAUGUAUAAAGGAUUAUUAUAUAUGAAUGGUUAUAGUUUAGGUCGUUAUUUAACUAUUAAUGCACCUAAUAAAGAUCCUGUACCUCCAUGUGAUUAUCGUGGUUCUUAUGAUCCAUCAAAAUGUCGUUAUGAUUGGGGAAAGCCAACACAAAUAUUAUAUCAUUUCUCUGCUCAUUUAUUAAAUAAGAAUGGAAUUGACAAUGAAUUAAUAAUCUUUGAAGAAACAGAUGCUGUUCCUACACAAAUUUAUAUUCAAAUUACUGCUCUAGAGUCUUCAUAUUAA